UAUAUACGGCCCAGAAAAAAAUCUUAAUUCCUUCAUGUCGUCGCCGCGCUCUACUUUUACAGUCAGCUGAUGUAACAAUACCUUCAAAAUCAAAUUCUCAUAAUUUCGAAGAAAUAAUCGUUGAUUCUCUGCAUAGCUGAGAGCUUCAAACAAUGAAGUUAGAUGUGAAUGCUUUGCGGUAUCUGACCAAGGAUGAUUUCAGGGUUCUUACCGCCGUCGAGAUGGGAAUGCGCAAUCAUGAAAUUGUACCGGCGGAGUUGAUCGGCCGAAUCGCCUCACUCAAGCAUGGCGGCACUUAUAAAGUAUUGAAGAAUUUACUCAAGCACAAGCUGGUGCAUCAUGACUCUUCCAAGUAUGAUGGUUUCCGGCUAACAUACUUGGGCUACGACUUUCUUGCAAUCAAGACAUUGGUGAACAGGGGAGUUUUUGCUUCUGUUGGUCGACAGAUUGGUGUGGGGAAGGAGUCUGAUAUAUUCGAGGUUGGUACGGAAGAUGGCACAGUUCUUGCUAUGAAGUUACACAGGCUUGGUAGGGUUUCUUUUAGAGCAGUCAAGUCUAAACGUGAUUAUUUGAGGCAUCGCAGAAGCUUUAACUGGUUAUACUUGUCAAGGCUUGCUGCCAUCAAAGAAUUUGCCUUUAUGAAGGCCUUGGAAGAACAUGGUUUUCCUGUUCCAAAUGCAGUGGAUUGCAAUCGGCAUUGUGUUAUCAUGUCACUCGUCCAAGGUUACCCGCUUGUGCAGGUUAAGGAGUUGCCGAAUCCUGAUACAAUCUUUGAAACAAUUCUUGGUCUUGUUGUACGCCUGGCAGAGCACGGGCUCAUUCACUGUGAUUUCAAUGAAUUUAAUAUCAUGAUUGAUGAUGAUGAGAAGGUGACAAUGAUUGAUUUUCCACAAAUGAUCUCGGUUUCUCAUCGAAAUGCACACAUGUACUUUGACCGCGAUAUUGAGUGCAUCUUCAAGUUUUUCCGGAAAAGGUUUCACCUCUCUUUUGACGAAAAAGAAAUUGAGUGUGAUGAUUCAGAUGUAGAGUUAGGUGGAAGUUGCCGGCCUCAGUUUUCAGACAUAAAUAAAGUUUCUGGUGUCCUGGACAAGGAACUUGAAGCUAGUGGUUUCACUAGAAAGGAUCAAGAUGAUAUGGAGAAGUUUGUUGAUGGGGAUGUUGAAGAAGAUCUGGGAUCUGAUUCUGGAGAAAGUGAGGAUGCAGAUGAUACUGCUCAACACAUAAAUGAUGCAACCCUAAGUGGUUUUGAGUCCUUGAGCUUGACUAAAGAGGAAGGAGAUAACUUGCACGAAGGUGAUUCAGAAGCCAAUCAAAACAUUUUGCAUCAGCAUACUUCCAACGAGGCUAGACAAAGUAGCGAAAUGGCCUGGGAAGAUAGGCAGGUUGAGCACCAUGAUAGUUCAGCGGACGAUAAUUCUGAAGAAGAAGAAGAAGAGGAGCAUGACGAUGACCCUGAGCUUGAAAAGCGUCUGACCAAGCAACGACAACGUGCCAUCCAAGCUGCUCGUGGGAGGAGGAAAGGUAUAACCUCUAGAAAUAGUUACAAGGACAAAGGUGGAAAGUCCUCUCAUAAUUCAAAGAUCCAAAAACAAUUAGGCAGCUGGUGAGAAUGGCUAUCGUAUCGUACUCGUUGUGAAACAAUUCCAAGGCAACUGCCUUAACACUACACAUGAGCAGCUCAGAUUCGAGAGUAGAUAUAGUAUGGUGCAUGUAUUUCUUAAUAUUCAACAGUUCUCAGUUUGAUCUGCGUGUAAACUAGCAUGAAUUUUCUCU